UCCUCGGCUAAACGAAGCCCUUCUAAAACCCUAACGCUUCAGGUUAGGGUUCGUUUUGUCCGCCUCCAACCUCCGAUUUGCCUUGUAUCCUUCUCGUUUCUCUUCUUUUCUCCUUACUCGAGGGUCUGACUACCCUCUAGCAUCACUAAAUGGGCAAGUCAAACAAGAAGGCGAGUACUGAGGUGGUAGCAGCUGUGGCACCAAUGCUGUCUGGAAAAUCUGGUAAAAAAGGCAAGAGGGAUGCCGAAGAGGCAAUAGAGAAAGCAGCAAGUGCCAAGAAGCAGAAGAGAGAAGUCAAGGAGGUUGUUCCCCAAAAGGACAUUAAGAAGCCUAAGAAGUUUUUACAGGAGGUUCCUUCAAAAAAGAAACCUGAAAGUAGUUCAGAGGAUGAAACUUCCUCUGAAUCUGAAGAGGAGGUAAAAGUUCCUCCAAAGAAGCAAGGUAAACCAACAAAGCCUCCUCCAAAGGAGUCUAGUGAUAGCAGCGAGGAAUCCUCUUCAGAUGAUGAACCUUCGAAACCUGCUGCUGCUCCAGCUAAAAAGGUUGCAGUUACUGUCUCCAAGAAUGGUUCUGCCAGUGCUGCAGCCCAAAAAGGAAAAUCAGAGAGCAGUUCAGAAAGUGAUUCAGAAGAGGAUGAAGAAGAUGCUCCUGUAACAACCAAGGUUAUUCCAGCAGCUAAGAAGCAAGCAACUCCAGCGACUGGUUUGAAAAAGCAAGAAGAAUCCAGUGAUACUUCAGACAGCGAGUCAGAUUCUGAUGAGGAUAAGGCACCUUCAGCAAAGGUUAGUCUACCUGUGAAAAAGCAGGCUGCCAUAGAGAAACAGGAAAGCAGUAGCGAAGAUGAGGAUGACAGCUCUGAAGAAAGUUCUGAUGACGAACCCUCCAAAAAUCAAACUGAUAAGAAGGUGCCUCAGAACAAGACUAAAGUUGAUGAAAGUUCUGAUGAGAGCGAUGAGAGUUCUGAUGAGAGCGAUGAGGAGCCACAAUUGAAGAAGCGAAAAGUUCCGGAUUCUGUUCCAUCUACUGCUGGUAAACCUGCUACAAAGGCUAUCAAAAAGGAGAGCACUAGUAGUGAUGAAGAUGAGGAUGACAGCUCUGAAGAAAGUUCUGAUGGUGAACAUUCAAAAGGGCAACAAGCUAAGAAGGUUAAAGAUGUGAAAAUGGUGGAUGCAACUCCGAAGAGUGAAAAACAAAUUGCUAGAAAGUCUGAAAUGAAAGGGCCCAAAACUCCUGUUACAAGUCAGACUCAGACAACUGGAUCCCGAACAAUAUUUGUUGGAAACUUGUCCUAUAAUGUUGAACAGGAUGAUGUAUCGGAGUUCUUCAAAGUGGCCGGGGAAGUAGUGGAUGUGCGGAUGGCUAGAGCAGAUGAUGGUAGUUUUAAGGGAUUUGGUCAUGUUGAAUUUGCUACUGAGGAAGCAGUUCAAAAGGCACUUGAAAUGAAUGGUCAGGAACUAUUUGGUCGUGCAGUAAGACUUGACGUGGCCCGUGAAAGGGGUUCAUAUACACCUAAUAACGGGAAGGACAAUUAUUCUCACCAAAAGGGUGGGACAGGUCAGAGCCAAACCAUAUUUGUGAGAGGCUUUGAUAAAUCACUUGAAGAGGAUCAGAUUAGAAGCUCCCUUGAAGAGCAUUUUGGGUCAUGUGGAGAGCUUACACGAGUCUCCAUUCCAAAGGAUUAUGAAAGUGGUGCAUCCAAGGGGAUUGCAUAUAUGGAUUUCAAGGAUCAAGAUGCCUUCACGCAGGCACUUGAACUCAAUGGCUCCGAACUUGGAGGAUACACCCUGACAGUCGAUGAAGCAAAGCCAAGAGGCGAUAACCGUGAUGGUGGCUGGAGUGGUGGUGGUGGUAGAGAUAGCGCUGGUAGAAGUGGCGGGAGAUUUGGUGGGAGAGGAAGUGGCGGGAGAUUUGGUGGGAGAGGUGGACGGGGUGACAGAGGUGGUGGAGGCAGAGGUCGGGGAGGUGGUGGCAGGGGUCGCGGUGGCACACCCAACAGGCAAAGCAUGGGUACAGCUAGUACUGGGAAGAAGACGACCUUCCGCGAUGAUUAGGGAUGAUGGCUUCUUCUGGGCAGGGGUUUAAACAUCAAUGGCGUGGCUCUUCGUUCUCCAUCUUAAGCAGUCUUAUCCUCAAUUUUGAUGCUUGUCAUUUUGUUUGUCACUGAACACUUGAAUUUGUUGUUUGGAGUUGUUGAAUUCAUAAAGACCAAUCAUUUACAUUUAGAACUACUAUCAUUUCGUUGAUGA